AAGCUGUUUCACUCCUGUUCUUCGUCAUUUCCUCCUUUACCUCCUCUCUCUUCCUCAUAUUUCAAGGUUACACAUCUGUCUCCCUUGGGAGCUGUUGCUCGGUUCUCUAGGGACCUGUAUUUUAUGUCUGAAUGCCCCUGGAAUUACACAGGUCUGGAGAAGGAAAGGUGGAUUUGCAGCAGAUAUUAACGGAGACAUAAAUAGCACGUGGAAGGUAUUGAACACAACUGUUUCAUGCAAGAAGGUUGUACCAAGAGAAGAAUCCACACUGAGCUCGGAGUAUGCGUAUGGAAUUUCCCCCUUCCUCCCGCUGGUGACCCCAGAGGUUGUAGGUUUCAGCGAGUGAGUGGAAAUGGCAGGCGGGCUGAGCUGCAGCAGGAGGCCGGAAGGUGACAGCCGACCUUAGGCGAAGCAGGAGGUCUUGGAUGUCAAACGUCCAGCCCGCCGGGACCUGAGAAUCAAGGGCGGUUGUUGCUACUUGAUGGAAACAGACUACUGGAAUGUUCCAAGGAUAGCAGCUACCGUUCGUGUUACAGUUAAAAUCGAGAAGCGGCUGGUUAUUCAUCCAAAGCGGAAGCCCCAGGAACUUCUGGAGGAGAGCAGCAGCAAAGGCAGAUCUCUCAAGUUCAAGACGCGUCUCGCCUUUCUCCUGGAUAAUGAGUUCACGGUCCAGCCCUCAACCUAGUUCUUUUGUAGAGGGAAAGAUUUAUCCUGAAGUGUUUUUUUUUCCCUCCUCCUCCGCUCUUUUUCUCUCCUACAGACAAUGUAAUUUAUGGUGGAGAAAACAAUAAUAAUUAUAAUGCAUGUUUAUUGUUGACUCCCACACGGACAUAGUCCCCUGCCCCACGAAUCGAUUCUGUCCAAGACUUUUCUUGUUCUUUUUUUUUUCCCCUUUGGGCAAAGUGUCUGCUCCCCUCCAGCUCCCCGCGCUCGCUCCCCGCCCCCUGCCGCCCUCCCCGUAGCUCCCUUUCUCCGCCUCCUCGGCGAUUGCCAUCUGACAAGAUCUCCAAAUCAAAGUGAUAAAUCGCUCCAAACUUUUUUUGGCGGCGCUGAGAUGUUGGAGGGGCGUCUAGCGCGCAUGUGCGAAGGUGUCCAAACUGACAAUGCUAGAGAUAGCGAGUGUGGAUUGAGAGAAAGAGAGAGAGGGAGGGAGAGAGAGUGAAAGACCGAGUGUGGAAGUGUGUGUGCGUGCACGAGACACACACAGUGAGAGAGAGAGAGAGAGAGAGAGAGAGAGAGAGAGAGAGAGAGAGAGAGGAGGGAGAGAGAGAGAGAGACCAAAAGAAGGAAAAGAUCCAAGAAAAAAAAACCCCAACCACCCAGCAGCUGCUGCAGGACUGGGCACAGCAUGAGAUCCAAAGGCAGGGCAAGGAAACUGGCCACAAGUAACGAGUGUGCUUAUGGCAGCUACCCUGAAAUACCUUUGGAAGAAAUGCAAGAUGCUGAUGCUGAUGGGAUAGCCGGCGCUCCCUCCCUCCACAUCCAAGAGCCAUGCUCUCCUGACACGUCCAGUGACUCAUUCACUCCCAAGGAGGGCUCUCCUUACAAAGCCCCCAUCUACAUCCCCGAUGACAUCCCCAUUCCUGAUGAAUUUGAACUUCGAGAGUCAAAUAUGCCUGGAGCAGGACUUGGAAUAUGGACCAAAAGGAAGAUUGAAAUAGGUGAAAAGUUUGGGCCAUAUAUGGGAGAGCAGAGGGCGGACCUGAAAGACUCCAGCUAUGGAUGGGAGAUCUUAGAUGAGUUUUGCAAUGUGAAGUUCUGUAUAGAUGCCAGUCAACCAGAUGUAGGAAGCUGGCUCAAGUACAUCAGGUUCGCUGGCUGUUAUGAUCAGCACAACCUUGUUGCAUGUCAGAUAAAUGAUCAGAUUUUCUACCGAGUAGUCGCAGACAUUGCGCCAGGGGAAGAGCUCCUGCUGUUCAUGAAGAGUGAAGAAGAUCCCCAUGAACCCAUGGCGCCUGACAUCCAUGAAGAGCGGCAGCACCGCUGUGAGGACUGUGACCAGCUCUUCGAAUCCAAGGCUGAGCUAGCAGAUCACCAGAAGUUCCCAUGCAGCACACCUCACUCAGCAUUCUCCAUGGUAGAAGAGGACUUGCAACAAAACCUUGAGAGUGAGAGUGAUCUCCGAGAGAUCCAUGGCAACCAGGACUGUAAGGAAUGUGACCGAGUUUUCCCCGAUCUGCAAAGCUUGGAGAAACACAUGUUGUCACAUACUGAGGAGAGGGAAUACAAGUGUGAUCAGUGUCCCAAGGCAUUUAACUGGAAGUCCAAUUUAAUUCGCCACCAGAUGUCACAUGACAGUGGAAAGCACUAUGAAUGUGAAAACUGUGCCAAGCAGGUUUUCACGGACCCUAGCAACCUUCAGCGACACAUUCGGUCUCAGCAUGUCGGUGCCCGGGCACAUGCUUGCCCGGAGUGUGGUAAAACAUUUGCCACUUCAUCAGGCCUCAAACAGCACAAGCAUAUCCACAGCAGUGUGAAGCCCUUUAUCUGUGAGGUCUGCCAUAAAUCCUAUACUCAGUUUUCAAACCUUUGUCGUCAUAAGCGCAUGCAUGCUGAUUGCAGAACCCAAAUCAAGUGCAAAGACUGUGGACAAAUGUUCAGCACUACGUCUUCCUUAAAUAAACACAGGAGGUUUUGUGAGGGCAAGAACCAUUUUGCGGCAGGUGGAUUUUUUGGCCAAGGCAUUUCACUUCCUGGAACCCCAGCUAUGGAUAAAACGUCCAUGGUUAAUAUGAGUCAUGCCAACCCGGGCCUGGCUGACUAUUUUGGCACCAAUAGGCAUCCUGGUGGUCUUACCUUUCCAACAGCUCCUGGAUUUUCCUUUAGCUUUCCUGGUCUGUUUCCUUCGGGCUUGUACCACAGGCCUCCUUUGAUACCUGCUAGUCCUCCUGUUAAAGGACUAUCAAGUACUGAACAGUCAAACAAGUGUCAAAGUCCCCUCUUGACACAUCCUCAGAUACUGCCAGCUACACAGGAUAUUUUGAAGGCACUAUCUAAACACCCACCUAUAGGGGACAAUAAGCCAGUGGAACUGCUGCCCGAGAGGUCCUCUGAAGAGAGGCCCCUCGAGAAAAUCAGUGACCAGUCAGAGAGUAGUGACCUUGAUGAUGUCAGUACACCAAGUGGCAGUGACCUGGAAACAACCUCGGGCUCUGAUCUGGAAAGUGACCUUGAAAGUGAUAAAGAGAAAUGUAAAGAAAAUGGUAAAAUGUUCAAAGACAAAGUAAGCCCUCUGCAGAACCUGGCUUCAAUAAGUAAUAAGAAAGAAUACAGCAAUCAUUCCGUUUUCUCAGCGUCUGUAGAGGAGCAGACUGCGGUGUCAGGAGCUGUGAAUGAUUCUAUAAAGGCUAUUGCGUCUAUUGCUGAAAAAUACUUUGGUUCCACAGGACUGGUGGGGCUGCAAGACAAAAAAGUUGGAGCAUUACCUUACCCUUCCAUGUUUCCCCUCCCGUUUUUUCCAGCAUUCUCUCAAUCAAUGUACCCAUUUCCUGAUAGAGACUUGAGGUCGUUACCUUUGAAAAUGGAACCCCAAUCACCAAGUGAAGCCAAGAAACUGCACAAGGGAAGCUCUGAGUCCCCCUUUGACCUCACCACUAAGCGAAAAGAUGAGAAGCCCUUGACCUCAGUCCCCUCCAAGCCUCCGGCAACACCCGCCACAAGCCAAGACCAGCCCCUGGAUCUAAGUAUGGGCAGUAGGAGUAGAGCCAGUGGGACAAAAUCGACUGAGCCUCGAAAAAACCAUGUGUUUGGGGAAAAGAAAGGAAGCAAUAUGGAGACAAGACAGUCUUCAGAUGGCUCCUUGCAGCACGCGAGACCUACUCCUUUCUUCAUGGACCCCAUCUAUAGAGUAGAGAAAAGAAAGCUAACAGACCCGCUUGAAGCUUUGAAAGAAAAAUACUUGAGACCUUCUCCAGGAUUCUUGUUUCACCCACAAUUCCCACUACCUGACCAGAGAACGUGGAUGUCAGCUAUUGAGAACAUGGCAGAGAAGUUAGAAAGCUUCAGUGCUCUGAAGCCUGAGGCCAGUGAGCUCCUGCAGUCUGUGCCUUCCAUGUUCAGCUUCAGAGCGCCUCCCAACACUCUGCCUGAGAACCUGCUGCGGAAGGGAAAAGAACGUUACACCUGCAGAUACUGUGGCAAGAUUUUUCCAAGGUCUGCAAACCUAACACGGCACUUGAGAACCCACACAGGAGAGCAGCCUUACAGAUGCAAAUACUGUGACAGAUCAUUCAGCAUUUCCUCCAACCUGCAGCGACAUGUCCGCAACAUCCACAACAAGGAGAAACCGUUUAAGUGUCACUUAUGUGACCGAUGUUUUGGUCAACAAACCAAUCUUGACAGACACCUAAAGAAACAUGAGAAUGGAAACAUGUCUGGUACAGCAACGUCAUCGCCUCAUUCAGAACUAGAAAGCGCAGGUGCAAUCCUGGACGACAAAGAAGAUGCUUACUUCACAGAGAUACGCAAUUUCAUUGGGAAUAGCAACCAUGGUAGCCAGUCUCCUCGGAGCAUGGAGGAGAGGAUGAAUGGCAGUCACUUUAAGGAUGAAAAGGCUUUGGCAACCAGCCAAAAUUCAGAUUUAUUGGAUGACGAAGAAGUAGAAGAUGAGGUGUUGUUGGAUGAGGAGGAUGAAGACAAUGAUAUUCCUGGGAAACCCAGAAAGGAGCUGGGGGCAACUACUUUAGAUGAAGAAAUCGCCGAGGAUGACUAUGAAGAAGCUGGUGCCCUGGAGAUAAGCUGUAAGACAUCCCCCAUGAGGUAUAAAGAGGAAGAAUAUAAAUCUGGCCUUUCUGCUCUAGAUCACAUAAGGCACUUCACAGAUAGCCUCAAAAUGAGGGAAAUGGAAGAGAAUCAAUACACUGAUGCUGAGCUGUCUUCCUUUAGUUCUUCUCAUGUGCCAGAGGAGCUUAAACAGCCGUUACACAGAAAGUCCAAAUCACAGGCCUAUGCUAUGAUGUUGUCACUGUCCGACAAGGAUUCUCUCCAUCCCACCUCCCACAGUUCCUCCAAUGUGUGGCACAGCAUGGCAAGGGCUGCAGCAGAAUCCAGUGCCAUCCAGUCCAUAAGCCAUGUAUGACACUGUCAAGGUCGACCAGAGUGGGACCAAGUCCAACGGUAGCAUGGCUCUUUCACAUAGAACUAUUUACAAGACUGCUGAGCAGAUGCCUUAUAACCUGAAGGGUCACUCAUGUAAAGUCUGGUGACCUUAAACUGAAUGAUUAAAGAAAAAGAGAGGAAAAAGGAAGCUAUUUAUUCUCAAUAUUUUGUUUUGCACAGCCAAGGCAGCUGCUGACUUCUGGAGGAUCAAUUAAUCGAAAACGAUUGGAGGCAAUGAGAACCUCACUGGGAAGGCACCUUUCAUUCCUCUGCCCCAGGGCAUGGGUGGGUGAGAGGGGGCAGUUGAGAUGGCAGCAUUGAUACAAAUGAACACUCCCUAGAAAUCAAAUUCUACUUUCUACAAGAUCACCUGACGGGAUUGGGAACAGUUGCUUUUCAUUAUCAGAUUGAAUUUUUUUUUUUCCUUUUUAAAGUUUGAUGUAAUUUAACCCUUUGAAAACGGAAGUAGUCAGAAGAAAUGCACAAUGAUUUUAGGAAGUGAUAGCAGGAGUUUUGUCACACCCCCCCUUACCUUUCACCUCUUUAGUAAGUUGUUUAAAACUAGGGAAAAAAGGGUAUGUGUAUAUUGUAAACUACGGAUGCUCAUGCUCAGAGAGGUAAAGUCAGUGACGUCACCUGUUCAUCACCAGUACCGCUGUACCACUAAUACAAUGUUUGCCAAAUCCUUGUAAUGACAUCUUGAUUUUAGACAAUCAUGUCACUGUUUUUGAUGUUUAAAUUUUUUUUUGUGUUGCGUGUAUCAUGUAUUUAUUUGUUGGCAAACUAUUGUUUGUUGAUCAAAAAAAAAAAAAAAAGAGCACUGUUCCUGUCAGCCUCUAUUUUAUGAUGUGUGAGGCACACUCCUUUCUGAAUUUCAAGGACCAAGGCGACACGACCUGUGUAUGGGAGUGCCCAAUACUGUUUGGCUUUUCUUAACAUUCCUUCCUUUUUGUUGUGGUUGUUUUGUUUUACUUUAUAAUGAACUGAAUACAAAUAGAUGCAACUUAGUUUUUGUAAUACUGAAAUUGAUUCAAUUGUAUAAACGGUUAUAAUUUCUUUCAUGGAAGCAUGAUUCUUCUGAUUAAGAACUGUAACCCAUAUUUUAUGCUGGUUGUCUGCAAGCUUGUGUGAUGAUGUUCUGUUCAUGUUAAUCCUAUUUGUAAAAUGAAGUGUUCCUGACCUUAUGUUAAAAAGAGAGAAGUAAAUAACAGACAUUAUUCAGUUAUUUUGUCCUUUAUUGAGAAACCAGAUUUUUUUCCUUUUGUUUGUAAUCUCAUUUGGAAAUAAUUGGCAAGUUGAGGUACUUUCUUCCAAUACUUUGUACAAUAUAAACUGUUAUGCCUUUCAGUGCGUUACUGUGGGAGGAGCAACUAAAAAAAAAAUAAAGACUUCCAAAAAUGAUGAAAAAUAA